UUGACAUUUUCCCAGCUGUAUCAGCUUCUACAAGGACUAUAAAGCCAGUAUCAAGUCCUCUGGGGUAGCAGAAAAGUGUUUCACCUACACGAUGCUGUGGAUCAUUAGUUGCUUUGCUCUUGUGGCAUCCACACUAGGAUGUGGAGUGCCUGCAAUUAAGCCUCAAAUUAGUGGCUACAACAGGAUUGUGAACGGUGAGAACGCAGUGUCUGGAUCGUGGCCCUGGCAGGUGUCACUGCAGGAUACAACUGGCUUCCAUUUCUGUGGAGGAUCCCUCAUCAACCAGUACUGGGUCGUCACUGCUGCACACUGCCGUGUGACACCUUCACGUCAUCUCGUUAUCCUCGGCGAGUACAAUCGCGCGUCUAAUGCUGAACCGAUUCAGGUCAAAAACAUUGCCAAGGCCAUCACCCAUCCUUACUACAACAGUCAGAACUUCAACAAUGAUAUCACCCUGCUGAAGCUGUCCUCUCCAGCGCAGUUGAAUAGCCGUGUGUCUCCUGUGUGCUUGGCCACUUCUAGUACCAAUGUUCCUGCUGGCACACGCUGCGUAACCACCGGCUGGGGCAAAACAGCAUUCACUUCAAGCCCCAGUAUUCUGCAGCAGACCGCCCUGCCUAUACUGAGCUUAGCACAAUGCCAGCAGUACUGGGGCAACAGGAUCUUCGAUUCUAUGAUUUGUGCUGGAGCCUCUGGCGUCUCCUCUUGCCAGGGUGACUCUGGUGGACCUCUGGUCUGUGAGAGCAGUGGUGUCUGGCAUCAGGUCGGAAUUGUGUCCUGGGGAACAACCAAUUGCAAUGUGCUCGCCCCUGCUGUCUAUGCCCGUGUCUCGUACCUGCGUAGCUGGAUUGACCAGACCGUUGCCACGAACUAGACUGCCAGCAGCUUCAUGGUGACCUGGAGGAUCUCAGUACCUUAUGUUCCUGGGUUUGAGCAUACAAGGUCUUGUCAACAGCUGAGGUUACUUUCAAUCAGACGCUUGUAAAGAAAUUCCUAAUAAAAGUUUAAGAGGCAAUCA